AUGGAUAGCAUUAAACAUGAAGCAAUGAUAGAUCAGCAUCCGCAAUGUCUCACUUGUAUCCUCAUCGAUUGUCAACACAAGAAUCAUUGCCAAAUGAUUCAAUGCAAUAAUAGCGGAUGCAAUGCCUGCUUUCAUGCGUGUAAAUUAACCGAACAUAAAUUGCUUUGCUUAUACGAAAAUGUUCAAUGCAUAAAUUGGUACUAUGGUUGUCCUCAAACUAUGCCAAGGUGUAGAUUAAAUCAACACUUAACAGUAUGUCCUGCCAGUAUCGUUCACUGCUCUAAAAAGUGGAGUCGAUGUCCUACAUGGUGUAACACUGGUGACAUAAAUCCACCCUAUGUCUUGGGUCAAAUCGAUUAUGAGGCUGCACUUUGCGAUCAACAAAAAUUGCUACAAUUCUAUGAGAAUAGUCAAUCUAUCGAUUUCGAAAAUCUUAUUAAAAGUCGAUUUUCUUCUUCACAUGCUUGCUGGUUUGAUGAUUAUUGUAAAAGAAGUAAUGAGGCUAUAGAAAGUAUAAUACAAUCGCGACUUUGUGUAGAUAUGAUCCAUCAGAUUCAAAUGUUGAAUAUCGAGCAAAAAGGCAAAAUAACUAUAGAAGAUGAAACUUUCGCUAAAGAAGAUCUAUUUCCAUUACUCAAUAACAUUGAUGCCUUGUACGAGAUUCAGCAAAAAUUGCGAUUUGCAAGUCGAUCUCAACAUGAUGUUAAAGCCAACAAUAUAUUUGCAAAUGGCAGAACGCUUAAAUUGAAAGAUGGAAGAUUGGUUGCUGAUGCCAAGACCAGCAUACAUCUUGGGCAUGAAGAUAAGAGUACAGAUGGCUCUUUUAUGGAUCGUACGCUACAAGUAGAACGAUAUAAAUUAAUCCAGUUACUACCGAAAAUGGUGCAACAAUUAAGCGAAUUAUUAAAUAAAUCGACCAGAUUGCAAAGUAAGGAAUUAAACCAUUUACAGAAAUUGCUAUCAGCACUACAAUUAAAUGAUAGUGCGAUUAGCCCUGAAUGCGCCAACGAGGGUAAACUAGGAGGUCCAAGAUAUUCAGAUUUUACUGUAAAUAGAGUACAGCAUAUUAAGAAUGCUCACUGGAUGCUUAACAGCAUGAAAAAUCGUGGUGUACUCCUUGGACUACAUCUACAGCCGGGACUACACAACGAAGAACAUAUUUUUCAAUUAUCUUGCAAUCAAUACUUUCGCCGUGGUGAAUAUAGACAACAUGUUAAAUUCUCUCAUACACAAACGCAAUGUGAACUUAGUGGAUGGUUUAAGCAAAGAUGCCCUCUAGCACAAUAUGGAUGCCCCUUUUUAUGUAGUGUAUUAAAGCCCAAUGCAGGAGAAAUUGGUCUCGAUUUACAAUUGGGCUCAUAUAUUUUACGUAAUUAUGAUAAAGAGUCAACAUAUUGGCGAGAUUCUGUUGAAAGUAAAAAUACGCGCGGAGGGACGGAACUACAAUACUGUCCAAUGUUAGAUUUGCCAGAUGAAGUCAUUGAACGUAUUUUACUACUUUUAGAUAGUUAUUCUAUGUACAAUCUAUCCCUAACUUGUUGGCAAAUGAGAGAAAUGUGUUCAUUACUGUUGGUAAAAAAAGGUACCGUAGCUAUAGAAUGGGAGAAAGCACAGAAUUGUAAAUGGCAAAUAGCUCGCAAGAUAUGGAAGUAUUCGACUGCCUGUUCACAAACUAGUGGCUGGAAGAUUGAUGAUACCAGCAUCAUAGCAAGACACCUACAAACGUGUCCUUACUACGUUAAACAAAUCUAUCCCGACAAGCGUGUAAUGUUGCCUAUAUGCACUGAAUUAAUUGGAUGA